AUUUCUUUUGAAUUUCACUUGAAUUUCGAUGCCUUUGUGUUGUAUAUAUAAACCCUAUGUUCAUUUGUUUUGCAAGUGAGAAAGAAAAGUGGGCUUUGUGUUGAAGAAACAUUCAUUUUCUCUUUGCUUCCAAAACAGGUUAUAGACAAUGGCUGAUGGUGAAGAUAUUCAACCUCUUGUCUGUGAUAAUGGAACUGGAAUGGUUAAGGCUGGAUUUGCUGGUGAUGAUGCUCCAAGGGCUGUGUUUCCCAGUAUUGUUGGCAGACCUCGACACACUGGUGUGAUGGUUGGAAUGGGCCAAAAGGAUGCCUAUGUUGGUGAUGAAGCACAAUCCAAAAGGGGUAUCCUCACAUUGAAAUACCCAAUUGAACACGGCAUUGUUAGCAAUUGGGAUGACAUGGAGAAAAUAUGGCAUCACACUUUCUACAAUGAGCUGCGUGUAGCCCCUGAAGAGCACCCGGUACUACUUACAGAAGCACCACUGAACCCAAAAGCAAAUAGGGAAAAGAUGACCCAGAUCAUGUUCGAGACCUUUAAUGUGCCUGCCAUGUAUGUUGCUAUCCAGGCUGUGCUGUCUCUAUAUGCUAGUGGCCGCACAACAGGUAUUGUUUUGGACUCUGGUGAUGGUGUUAGCCACACGGUGCCAAUUUAUGAAGGUUAUGCACUUCCACAUGCAAUUCUUCGGUUGGACCUUGCUGGCCGUGAUCUUACAGAUGGCUUGAUGAAGAUUCUUACAGAAAGAGGUUAUAUGUUCACUACCACUGCCGAGCGGGAAAUUGUUCGUGAUAUGAAGGAAAAACUUGCUUAUGUUGCUCUUGAUUAUGAGCAAGAGUUGGAGACUGCCAAGAGCAGCUCUGCUGUCGAGAAAAACUAUGAACUGCCUGAUGGGCAAGUUAUCACCAUUGGAGCUGAGAGGUUCCGCUGUCCAGAAGUCCUCUUCCAGCCAUCUAUGAUUGGAAUGGAGUCUGCUGGAAUCCAUGAAACUACUUACAAUUCCAUUAUGAAGUGUGACGUUGAUAUCAGAAAGGAUCUUUAUGGUAAUAUUGUACUUAGUGGGGGAUCAACUAUGUUUCCUGGUAUUGCUGAUCGUAUGAGCAAAGAAAUCACUGCUCUUGCCCCCAGUAGCAUGAAGAUCAAGGUGGUGGCCCCUCCAGAAAGAAAGUACAGCGUCUGGAUUGGAGGAUCGAUCCUCGCUUCUCUCAGUACCUUCCAGCAGAUGUGGAUCUCGAAGGGUGAAUAUGACGAAUCAGGUCCAUCAAUUGUUCACAGAAAAUGCUUUUAAGCUGGAUGAAGAGACUGGUUGUGUACUAGGUGUCUUCUUUGCCAGGCUCUAUACAAUAUGCGAGUCUCUCAGAUUUAAUUUUGAAACUUGGGUCAACCACGGAAAAGGAAGAUUUUCGAUCACAUAAUCGGAAAUGCUUUUACAGUGGCACCUUAUGAAGUGAUCUUGGGUAGUAUUUUGGUUGCUUGUUAGUCCGAUUAUAAUUACUCAAAUAUGAAACUAUUUAGAUAUUUUAUUUAGGGUAAGUGCAAGUUUCAUUUUCUUUUUCCUUUUCUUCUCUGGAUUUUGGAUUGUUUUGUUGUUGAUACAAGUAUUUUUAUGAGUAAUGUGAUAUACAAGAGUCAGUUUGAUAUA